GACAGAGUCUUGAUAUGUUGCCCAGGCUAGUCUCCAACUCCUGGGCGCAAGCUAUCCACCUGCCUUGGCCUCCCAAACUGCUGGGAUUACAGACGUGAGUGACUGUACCAGGCCAACAGUUCAAUUUCUAUACAAUAAACUUGAAAGACCUGUCCAAAUUCUUUUAUAUCAUUUAAGAUUUUUUCCAUCCAACUGAUUAAAUAACUCUGUCAAUUAAAGCUUGGACAUCUUGAAACUGAUAUUUUGGUUAACAGUUAUUGCAACAGUAUUUGACCUGUCUCUGGAAUAUUUUGUAAGAAGUAAAAUUCACUGUAAGAAUCUAUCUGGAGAAGAGGGAACUAUAAUUUGCUUAGUACCUGUUAUAUGAGAAUCUGAACUGUGCAGUGUACACUGCUUUAUUCUAUUAUGGUUUACAAUUACCCAGAAAAGGGAGUAAAAUGCCCAUUUUACAGAUGUGGAGGCUGAGGUUCAGAGAUACUCUGACCAGUCUCUCGGUUUAUAAGGAAAACCAUGGCUAACAGCCUCCAGAGCACAAGCCCUUUACAAAGGAGGGUUGGAGAUUAAGGGCAGCUUUUACUCAUCUAUGCUGCCCACGCUUAACAUGGAAAAUUGAAAGCUGACCUUGUGUUCCUUUAAAAAAUCGCUAAGAAAGCCAGCUGCAGAGACUUCAUGGUAACUCGUGAGAAACAAAAUGCUUUUGUGGAUUAAAAACUGUCUUUAUUCCAACGGAGUUUUUUGAGGGUUUUUUUUUCUUCUUCUUAAAGAGAAAAAAAAAAUCUACCGCUGACACUCAACAAGAACCCUCAUAGAAUGGACAAGUCUUCGGAUCGCGCUGUGCAGAUCCCCCAGGAAAUUGUGACAGUAUUAUGGCACUUUGGCCUAAAAUGUUAAAGAGACAAUGUAAUGAAGAGCUGGGGAUUUCUGAGAGACAAUUGUGUGACACAGGAAGCCCAAAUGUUGGCCAUCCUCACCGAAGGCAGCUGCCAGGCUAGGGUUUGCUUCAGCAAACCCUCACCCCUCGCCUUCAACCAGGCGGGUGUCGUCAGCUGCCGCAGCGCCAGCGGCUGCCCGCGCCUUUCCGCCCCCGCGCGCCCGCCAAGGCCGAGGCGGCCCGGACCAGAGGCGCGCGCCCUCGGUGCAUGUGACGGGGUGGGAGGGGGAGUUUUCUUCCGCCCCCGUCCCCAAGCCCCGCCUUCUCCAGAGAGGCUGCGGCUUCCUAUUGCGCCACCACCGAAAUGACCACCGUGCCAACCAAUCAAGACGUGACUCAUGAAGUAAGAUCCGCCCCUUACUGGUCCUCAGGUUCCUUCCCGCUCACACCGGAGUCACUUCCGAAGAGAGAACCGCCAUGAAGAGAGAAGGGGGUGCCGCCCACCUCUGCUCCGACAGCCUCCCCGAGUCCGAGCAGCAAGACGGCAACCACGCACCCAACUUCUCCAGCCACGGCUCAUGCCGCCGUCGCCAGCGGCGCCGACAUGACAAGGCGCUGCAUGCCCGCUAGGCCAGGUUUCCCCUCAUCCCCAGCCCCGGGGUCGUCGCCCCCGCGCUGCCAUCUGAGACCCGGUAGUACCGCCCAUGCUGCAGCGGGAAAGAGAACAGAAAGUCCUGGGGACAGGAAGCAGUCAAUUAUAGAUUUCUUCAAACCAGCUUCAGAACAAGAGAGACACAUGUUGGAUUCACCACAAAAAUCAAACAUCAAAUAUGGAGGAAGUAGAUUGUCUAUCACUGGGACAGAGCAGUUUGAAAGGAAACUAUCCUCACCAAAAAAAUCUAAACCCAAAAGGGUGCCACCAGAAAAGAGCCCUAUUAUAGAAGCUUUCAUGAAAGGUGUUAAAGAGCAUCAUGAAGAUCAUGGUAUACAUGAGUCACGUCGGCCUUGUGUGUCACUAGCCUCCAAAUAUUUAGCCAAAGGAACAAAUAUCUAUGUUCCUUCUUCAUAUCGCUUGCCAAAGGAGAUGAAGUCACUAAAGAAAAAACAUCGAUCCCCAGAAAGAAGGAAGUCACUAUUCAUUCAUGAAAAUAGUGAGAAGAAUGAUAGAGAUCGAGGCAAAACCAAUGCGGACUCCAAAAAGCAGACCACAGUAGCAGAAGCUGACAUCUUCAAGAACAGCUCCAGAAGUCUUAGCAGCAGGAGCAGCCUGUCCAGGCACCACCCGGGAGAAAGCCCACUGGGAGCUAAAUUCCAGUUGUCACUAGCUUCUUACUGCAGAGAACGAGAACUAAAGAGGUUGAGAAAGGAGCAAAUGGAGCAGAGAAUCAACUCCGAAAAUUCUUUCUCAGAAGCAAGCAAUCUUUCCUUAAAAUCUUCUAGUAUAGAAAGAAAAUAUAAACCAAGGCAGGAACCAAGUAAACAGAAUGAUGUCAUACCUGGAAAGAACAAUCUGUCAAAUGUGGAAAAUGAACAUCUCUCAAGAAAAAGAUCCUCUUCUGAUUCAUGGGAACCUACUUCAGGCGCUAAGCAGAAUAAAUUCCCUGAAAAAAGAAAAAGGAACUCUGUGGACUCAGAUCUGAAAAGCACAAGAGAAUCUAUGAUACCAAAAGCAAAAGAGUCCUUCCUUGAAAAGCGUCCUGAUGGACCACAUCAGAAAGAAAAAUUUAUAAAACAUAUUGCACUGAAGACACCUGGUGAUGUGUUACGCUUAGAAGAUAUAUCCAAGGAACCGAAUGAUGAAACUGAUCGCUCUUCUGCAGGCUUAGCACCUUCAAAUUCUAGCCACCAUUCUACCAGGAAUAGUGACCAAAUCCGAGUGGCAGGUGCCAAGGAGACUAAGAUGCAGAAACCCCACUUACCUUUACCUCAGGAAAAGUCUGCAAUUAAAAAAGCUAGCAACCCUCAGAAAAAUAAAACCACUAGCUCCAUGACAAAGGAGAAGGAGACAAAACUACCUUUACUUUCCCAUGUUCCAAGUGCUGGUUCCUCUCUAGUACCAUUAAAUGCUAAAAAUUGUACUCUUCCAGUUUCUAAAAGAGAUAAAGAGCGUUCCUCAUCUAAAGAAUGUUCUGGGCAUUCUACAGAAUCCACCAAACACAAGGAACACAAAGCAAAGACUAAUAAGGCUGAUUCUAAUGUAUCUUCAGGGAAAAUUUCUGGGGGACCUUUGCGCUCAGAAUAUGGCACUCCUACAAAGUCUCCCCCUGCUGCUUUGGAAGUUGUGCCAUGUGUCCCAAGCCCUGCAGCACCUUCAGAUAAAGCCCCUUCAGAAAGAGAGAGUUCAGGAAAUUCCAAUGCAGGUAGCAGUGCACUGAAACGAAAACUAAGGGGUGAUUUUGAUAGUGAUGAAGAAAGUUUAGGUUACAACCUAGACAGUGAUGAGGAAGAGGAAACAUUAAAGUCACUGGAAGAAAUCAUGGCUUUGAACUUCAAUCAGACUCCUGCAACUACAGGAAAGCCUCCUGCUCUUUCCAAGGGGCUUAGAUCUCAGUCAUCAGACUACACAGAACAUGUUCAUCCUGGAACUUACACAAAUACCUUAGAGCGUCUAGUGAAGGAAAUGGAAGACACACAAAGGCUAGAUGAACUGCAGAAGCAACUACAAGAAGACAUAAGGCAAGGCCGAGGCAUUAAAUCCCCAAUCAGAAUUGGAGAAGAAGACAGUACAGAUGAUGAGGAUGGCCUCUUAGAAGAGCACAGGGAAUUUCUAAAGAAAUUUUCAGUUACAAUUGAUGCUAUUCCUGAUCAUCAUCCAGGUGAAGAAAUAUUUAAUUUCCUCAAUUCUGGAAAAAUUUUCAAUCAGUAUACCUUGGAUUUAAGAGACUCUGGUUUUAUUGGACAAAGUGCUGUAGAAAAACUUAUUCUUAAAUCGGGAAAAACAGAUCAGAUUUUUUUGACAACACAAGGUUUCCUUACAUCUGCUUAUCACUAUGUCCAGUGUCCUGUCCCUGUGUUAAAGUGGCUAUUUCGGAUGAUGUCAGUUCAUACAGACUGUAUUGUGUCAGUGCAGAUUUUAAGUACACUGAUGGAAAUAACUAUUAGAAAUGAUACCUUCAGUGACUCACCAGUUUGGCCCUGGAUCCCAUCAUUGUCUGAUAUAGCAGCUGUGUUUUUCAAUAUGGGGAUUGAUUUUAGAUCUUUGUUUCCCCUGGAGAAUCUUCAGCCAGACUUUAAUGAAGACUAUCUAGUUUCUGAAACACAGACAACAUCAAGGGGAAAAGAAAGUGAAGAUUCAUCUUAUAAGCCAAUUUUUUCAACACUUCCUGAAACCAACAUUUUAAAUGUGGUUAAGUUUCUAGGCUUGUGUACAUCUAUACAUCCAGAAGGUUACCAGGAUCGUGAAAUAAUGUUGCUGAUUUUAAUGUUAUUUAAAAUGAGUUUGGAAAAACAGCUGAAACAGAUUCCUCUAGUAGACUUUCAAAGCCUCCUGAUAAACCUGAUGAAAAACAUCAGAGAUUGGAACACAAAGGUGCGUGAACUCUGUCUGGGCAUAAAUGAACUCUCGAGUCAUCCCCACAACCUUCUGUGGUUAGUACAGCUGGUCCCUAAUUGGACAUCACGUGGAAGGCAACUGAGACAGUGCCUCAGUCUAGUGAUUAUUUCAAAGCUUUUGGAUGAGAAACAUGAAGAUGUUCCUAAUGCCAGUAAUCUGCAGGUAUCAGUCCUACAUCGCUAUCUUGUGCAGAUGAAGCCUUCUGAUUUGUUAAAGAAAAUGGUCUUAAAGAAAAAGGCUGAACAACCAGAUGGCACUAUUGAUGACAGUCUACAUUUAGAACUUGAAAAGCAGGCAUAUUACCUGACCUACAUUCUUCUUCAUUUAGUCGGUGAAGUUAGUUGUUCUCAUUCUUUUUCUUCUGGACAACGGAAACACUUUGUGCUACUCUGUGGGGCUUUGGAAAAGCAUGUUAAAUGUGAUAUUAGGGAAGAUGCAAGACUUUUUUACAGAACUAAGGUGAAAGACUUGGUUGCCAGGAUACAUGGAAAAUGGCAGGAAAUAAUCCAGAACUGUCGGCCUACUCAGGGGCAGCUUCAUGAUUUCUGGGUACCAGAUUCUUAAUAGGAGUUGCAGCAGCAAAAAUAUGAAGCAAGAGAAAUUCAAUAAGAGCCUUUCCUAGAGGAGUAGAAAGGAUUAUUACAGAAUCCAAUGGAAUGCCAAGAAAAUGUACAGCAAAUGUGCCACUUGAAUAUCUAGUAUGAAGCUGGUAAUGAAAUUGCCAUUUCUGAGGCAGAUAUGAAAUAUGAUCUGCUUAAUUGUUACGGCAACUGACCUUUCAAAAGCGCAGAGUCUUAUUAAAAGAGGGGAGAGGUAGAAGCAGCUAAUAGUCACAUGUCUAACCUGCCCCAGUUAACUCCUUUUGUUAAAUUAUAAGCCAAUUAUCUUUUUUAGAUAGUAUUUUUGUCACUUGGAUAAUCACAGGAAAUAAUAUAAGAAAAGAGCUUGGACUAACUUAAGAAGUUGGACAUGGAAAGCAAGACCAAGUUCCAGUUGGUUUUAAUUUUCCCUCUUGGUUAUUUUCGGACACAAAGGGAAUGCUUAAAACUGAGUUUAGUAAUAAAAAGCAUAAAUCUCUUCUGUAACUUUUAUAAACCACAGGGAGGUUUCAAUCCAUGCAUUUUCCUUCAUUACUCAAGAUUAUAAAUCUGUUUUUAAAAUACAUUUAAACUUGAGAAACAAAAGUUUGGUAUGUGUCAGAUUCCCUUAAGAGGAAGAGGUUAAGCUGUAAAGUAGUGGCCCUGUUUUGAUGCCAGAACAUUCAUAUGCAGUUUGUUCUGGAUUUCUUUUAAAUGCAUAUAUUUUAAAUACUGGUUAAAUCUUAGAAUCUUGGCUAUAUCUUAGAAUUCUGGCUCUUGGUAACCGUAUUACAGAAGUCUAUAUUGUAAAAGCCUAAAGAUCUGGACAAGUUUCCAACAACCUUGUUUCCAUGAGUAUAUAACUUUGGCAGAGACCUGAAUUCUUUGGGACACUAUGUCUGUCUGUGUGUGUGUAUGUGUGUGUGUGUGUGUAUGUUUGCUUGUAUCUUGAAGUUGUACUUCAAAACCGCAGCUGCUUUAAAUUCUUAAACACUGGAAAGCCAUCCUUUGGUUUAAAUGGUAGAGAGUUCGUGGAAGUGCACAUGCUGGUUUUAGCCCAGGGGUAGUAACAAACUCUUACUAGCCAACUAGAAAAUUAUUUUGUUGACUAGAUGUCCCUUUUAGGAGAGUUUGUUUCCUUAAAGAAUGGCAACUUUUUUUGUUGUUCUUUCAGUAUUGGCUUGAGUGACCUGUUCUCCUGACUGCUCUAGUGUCUCCAGUUGUAGGAGGAAAGAUGAUGGAGGGGAACGGAAACUGGACUUGAUGUUUGUGGUUUGAGAGGCAAGAAAAUAAAAUAACUUUCUACCUCUAAAUUGAGGCUUAGGAGUAAAAAGCAUUUUGUCUUAAAUUUAUCAUUUAAAAUAGCAUCAGUAACUUUUGAAUUUAUGUCAAUCAAGCAUUGGCAGUCAGAGAUUUUAUAGGGAAAACUAAGUAAAUCCAGUUUCCAAGAACCUAAACUGAUUGAGGCUCCAAGAGUCAGACCAACAAAAGUUUUAUUCUGUGUUGUUUACUGGUAAGAAUAUUAUUAUCUUGAUACUACCUCUCAAGGGUAUUGUUACAAAAUGCCACUUAUGGUUAAAGAGAUAGAUACAAAGAGUUCUAUUUGACAGAAACUUGAAACUGGCAUCUAUCUGCCCAACGAUGGGGGCUUUCAUUCUGUAAUUUAAUCCUUUGUAGAUACAUUAUUUGUGUGUAAUUUUAUACGUGUUCAUAUUUUUCUCAUUUUGCAUUGUGUAAAGUGUACAAAAUCUCAAAGUAUAAAAUACUGCUUAUAUUGCUUGUAAUUUACAGUGUGUAAAUAUUUUCUAAUUGUGUACAUUGAUGGGGGGGACAAGUGGGUUAUUCAGGUUUUUUUUUUAAGUGACCCUUUUGUAUUGCAGUUUCAACAGAUAACUGCCCAUCAAAUUUAAAACUACUUUGAUACAUUUUUAUUUAACAGUUCCAAUAAGAAAAAAAUCUCUAUUUUUAAUUAUAUUUCUCCUUUAGAAAAAAAUAUUUCAUCAUCCCUUUAAAAUAAAUGGCCAGACCUCAGUUUAGGCCCUUGUAUUUAUGACUCUGGUAGAGGUCUUCAGACUCCAGGUCAUAGUCCGGUCAGUAUUUGCAUUUGGGUUCUCAAGAAAAUUUUGUGACUCUCUUUUAGCACAAGUAGCCCAUGGUUUUUCUUCCAAAUCAAGUAUUUUCCUUCUCCCUCGAGUCCCCAUGCUUUGUCUCCCUCCUGCUGCUAUUGCUCAGUGAAUGGGAUGGUAGAGAGGGAGAAGUGUUCAUUGCACAGAGAAUGUCAGGCCACUUUGGGGACUUGGCAACAAAGCUUGCACUGAGUGGUGGUGUGUUUGGCAAUAUUACUGUGCCAAAAAUCACCUUGUCUAAUUUUAUGGAUAUUUAUGGCAAACUUAUUACCCUUCUUGCAAGCUGCACAUUAAGGUACUUGUGUUUAUGCUUUUGUGUGUAACUGUUCGCCUUUUCUAACUGCCUUUCUUGUUACUGAAAAUAUAAUUCUACUAGUUUUAUCACAUUAAGAGGCUCUCUGUGCACAAAAUGCAUCGAUGUAGCCGUAAAGUAACAGCAUUUGUACAUUUUCUAUCUCCUGAUAGCAGUGGUGCCUUUGUCACCUUUUGGAAGGUUUGCAUUUUGUUUCUGCUUUGAAACGCAAAUAGUAGCUUGCUUUCAACUUCACAAAAAUCUCAAAUGUAAAAGAUAAAAAAUGGCGUGUUAUCAUCCAGGCUUAGUUGGAGUAUUUGCAUUUUUAUUGUAAUCAAAACAAAUAUAAUUGGUGGGGACUGACCAGUAAUAAUGUGUGGCGUCUUUAAGCCAAGGGUAAUUUUUAAAUUAAAAAUGAAAAUUUUAAGGGGUAGCCCAUUAAACAAGCUACUGAGUUGGAGAAUUAGGGGAUGACUGUGGUGGUUUGUCGCUAAGGAGGCAACAGUAGGGUCCAGGCGGCUGGGCACGUAGAGCAAUUAGCAUGAUCCGUGGUUAUUCCUUACUCAUGAACAGUGUCAGCUCACCUCAUUAUCUGUGCAUUUGUUUUCCCUGGACAGUCUUGUCAGCCAGUUAAUCCAGCAGCUCUUAGGCAGUAAAUACAGAUUUUUUUUCUUUCCUUUUAUUUUUUUAAAGAUUUUAUACUACAUCUUGUUAAAGUCCUAUGAAUAUGUGUGUGUGUGCUAUUAAAACUGCUUUUUCUCAGUUUGAA